AUGAUCAUGUUUGCUCCACUCGAUAAAAAGUUGGUGAAGGUGGGCAUGCGAGUGCAAGAUCGAUAUGGUCUUACUGGCACCGUCAAGUGGUUUGGCGAGGUUGAUAAGAAAAGCAAUCCACUUGUUGAAAAAGGAGCAUAUGUUGGUAUUGAGUUUGAUGAAGCCACACCGUCACCAAUGCGCAAUGAUGGAAAAUGGGGGGGAAAGCGUUACUUUACAUGCGACCCUGGAAAGGGAGGAUUUUUAAAGUCUAAAAUGGUUUAUCCAGAAGUAAACCCUACAGCUAUCGUCGAUCUUAGGCAACGCUAUGGGAAUAAAGUUGCAGAUUGGUAUGACUUUGAACUGGUAAAGUUUUGCAUCGCCCGCAAAUUUGACAUGCAAGCAGUAUAUACCAUGCUUGACAAUCAUCUUGAGUGGCUGGAGAAAUUCAAGCCGUCUCAUGACGAGUACUUUCCAGAUUCCAUGUGUGAAGAUUACCCGUGUGGUUACGGUAGUGCAUGCGACUACGACAACAACAUUAUAUAUUGUGAGCGCCCUUGUAAUGCAGGAAGGUUAACAGCUAAUGAGUACAUGGAACGUUAUAGUCCUGCUGUUAUUAUGCGUUGGCACGCUUGUGUCAUGGAAAUGGGAAAAAAGAUCAUGAAGGAAAGCAAUUACAAAUACAAACGUGUUUGUUACAUUGUUGAUCUUACCAACGUUGGCGUGAGCAUGAGCCGUUCUUUUAUUUCGUUUGGGCGAACCAUAGCCUCGGUGGACCAAGCGAAUUAUCCUGAGCAUUUGGGACGACUGUUCCUUGUAAACUGUCCAAAAGUUUUCACCUUGGUAUGGAGGUUGUUGCGUCUUUUUAUUGAUGCAGAAACUAAUAGAAAAGUCAAUUUUGUCCCGCCUGGCGAUGGAGUAAAGUACCUGAAGCAGUUUAUGCCCGAGGAAGUUAUCCCUGAUUUUGCCGGAGGUCCCAGUAAGGCAUGGCGGUCGAAGGGUAGUCGUGUUGGUUCAACCGAUCCGCUUAAUGCGUUCAAAGGGGUGACAGUUUUCCAAGCCGUUGCUUCAGAUGGCAUUCCGGACAGAUUUGAUGACAUGGACGAAGAGGGACUUUCACAGGAAGAGAAAAAAAGCAAUAGCAACGGCCGUUUGGACUCCUCCGGACCCAACUCUGAAGACGGUAACGUGAAAGAUUCAAUUUUAUGA